AUGGCAGCGAAAAACAAGCACCGUAAAAAAUCCAAAGCGACCACGAAGGUGAGUUUUCAGGCCGAAGAAAACGAAAUGGAGGCUGAGAACGACGCAGGGGAGGAAGAGGAAGAUGAUGAAGGUGAAGACAAAGCGAAACAAGACGAAGAAGAAGAGUUCAGCCUGGACGAGGUGUUACGACUCGGAGGAACUCAGGCUGACUACAUCCUGCUCGCCGGCCUGGACGACUCCAACGAGCUCGUCGACGGCGGGAAGAAAGGAGCGAUAGACGAUCUGGAGGCGGGGGAGCUGGAGAAGUUCAUCACCAAACUCGGCAUCCGUGCGUUCGCGGGGCUGCAGGUCAUCCCGGACGAGCCCGAGGGCGACGCCGCGGACGAGAAGGAAAGUAACAAAAGUAAAGUCGAGAAGGAAUCGGCCGAGGAGCGGACGUCCGGCGCUCAGCAGGAGGUUAAAAACGAGCUGGAGGUGAAGGAGAAGCAGAAGGCGAAGAAGAAGGCGAAAGAUGCUCAGGGUAAAAAGGCGAGGCAGAACGUGAAUGUGUUUGAGUUUCAGCAGCGGCAGGUCCUGCUCGUCAAACCUGGAGGGAAGUGGUUCGACCUGGAAUACACAGCUGAGGGAUCGGCGAGCCCACAGGAUCCCUCGCUGGUGUCUCAGUACAAGUCGCUCGCCCAGCAGCUCUACGAGUCCGAGGUGGAGCUUUACAAAAACAAGAAGAUCCUGCAGAAAGGAGCCAACUCCAACUGGAUGAAGUCGGUCGUCUCCUCCGGCGUGCUGGCCGACAGGAUGGCGGCCAUGACGGUUCUGAUUCAGGACGCUCCCGUGCACACGCUGUUGCACGUGGAGAAUCUGGUCGCCAUGGUGAAGAAGAAGGGCAGCAGGAGGAUGGGUCUGAUGGCGCUGGACACGCUGCGAGAGCUGCUGCUGUCCGACCUGCUGCCGGAGCACAGGAAGCUCCGCCCCUUCGCCCAGCAUCCGUUUGACCAGUUGGAGGAGAAGGCGAGUGGAAACAGGGACGCUCGAGACCGCCGUCUCAUCCUCUGGUACUUCGAGCACCAGCUGAAGCAUCACGUGGCUGUUUUUGUGGAGGCUCUGGACACGGUGGCUCACGACACGGUGGCGGCCACCAAGGCGAAGGCGCUGGCCACCGCCCACGAGAUGCUGUGCACCCGCCCGGAGCAGGAGCGGGCGCUGCUCAUCCAGGUGGUCAACAAGCUGGGAGACCCCGAGUACAAGACGGCGGCCAAAGCGUCGUACCUGCUGGAGACGCUGCUGCACAAACACCCCAACAUGAAGGUGGUGGUGUGCUGCGAGGUGGAGCGCCUCAUGUUCCGGCCGAACAUCAGCCCGAAGGCGCAGUACUACGCCGUCUGCUUCCUCAGCCAGGUGAUGCUGAGCCACGACGAGGUCGACCUCGCCGCCAAGCUCAUCACCAUCUACUUCUCCUUCUUCCGCGCCUGCGUCAAGAAGAAGGACAUCGAGUCCAAGAUGCUGAGCGCGCUGCUGUCGGGCGUGAACCGGGCGUAUCCCUACGCCGGCGCCGGGGACGAGAAGGUGAAGGAGCAGCUGGACACGCUGUUCAAAGUGGUUCACCUGGUCAAGUUCAACACGGCGGUGCAGGCGCUCAUGCUGCUCUUCCAGGUGAUGGACUCCCAGCAGAGUAUCUCUGACAGAUACUACACCGCUCUGUACAGGAAGCUGGUGGACCCCGGGCUGUUGACGUCCUCCAGGCAGAGCAUGUUCCUCAACCUGCUCUAUAAAUCCCUGAAGGCCGACAUCGUGCUGCGGCGAGUCAAAGCCUUCGUGAAGCGUCUGCUGCAGGUCAGCGCCGAGCAGAACCCCAGCUUCACCUGCGGGGCGCUCUUCCUCGUGUCCGAGGUCAUGAAGGCCAAACCCAGCCUGACGGUGCUGCUGGAGCACGACGGCGACGAGGAUGAGGAGGCGUUCAAAGACCUCGCUGAAGAGAAGGAAGAUGGUGAUGAUGAUGAAGAGGAGCGCUUUGUGGACGCAGACAAACUGGAGGAGGAAGGAUCGGAGAGUGCAGAGAAAGUGGAGUCGAAGCCUGCGGCAUCAUGGGUUCAUCACCAGAAUCUGGAAGGAGGGAAGAGCAAACAGAGUUACGACCCGCUGCACAGAAACCCGUCAUUCUGCGGCGCCGACCACUCAACUCUCUGGGAACUACAGAGGCUCUCUCUGCACUUCCACCCUACAGUGUCGCUGUUUGCCAAAACAAUCCUGCAGGGAGGAUCCAUUCAGUACUCAGGAGACCCUCUGCAGGACUUCACCCUCAUCCGGUUCUUGGAUCGAUUCGUCUUCAGGAACCCCAAACAGCUGAAAGGACAACAAAACACGGACGCAGCAGCGAUGAUGCCCAAACAAAGGUUUGCCAUCAAGUCUCUCCCAGUGAACUGUGAGGAGUUUCUGUCCAAAGAGGAGAGUCAGAUCCCUGUGGAGGAAGUCUUCUUCCAUCGUUUCUUCAGGAAGCGUCAGCAGGAGAAGCAGCUCCGUCGGCCCAGAAGAGACGGCGACGACGAGAGCGUGGAGGACGUGGACGAUGAAGAGUUUGAGAAAUUACUCGAUUCCUGCGAGGCUGACUCGUACUUCACUGAGAUGGCAGAAGAGGAUCUGGACUUUGCUGGUAACGUGAAGAGUAAGAAAGGAAAGAAAGGCGGCGAGGACUCUGACGACUCAGACGACUCGGACAUGGACGACCUGGACGACGAGGAGGUGUCUCUGGGCAGUAUGGACGAGGAGGACUUUGGAGACGAGCUGGGGGAGGAGGGAGGGACGUUCAUGGAUGCUGAUGGAGGCGGGGAUGAUGAUGAUGAUGAUGAAGAAGUUCCGGAGCUCGAGGACGACGCAUUCGGAGAUUCAGACGAGGAGAUGGAACUGCCCGAUAUCACUCCUCACACGAAGAAAGGAAAGAGGAAAUCGUCAGAGGAGCUCGACUUCUCUGCUCCUUCAGGUUCUCAACACGGGAAGAAGAAGAAGAAAGGAAAGAAAGACGCCGCCAUGUUUGCUUCAGCUGAUGAGUUUGGCUCUCUAUUGGAUGAGAACGCCGGCUCCAAGUUUGACAACAUCGGGCUGAACGCCAUGGCCAACCGAGACAAAGCAGGUGUGAAGCAGCUGAAGUGGGAGGCUCAGCGAGACGACUGGAUCCAAGGCCGAGACGCCAAAACCAUGCGCAGGAAGAAGACCAUGUUCAACAAGAAGAAGUCGUUCGGACGAGCGAGGGCGGGAGGGAAAACGUUCGGGAACAAGAUGAGGAAGAAGUAACAGCUGCUUUUUUCUGUGUUUGUUUGUUUUUUUUUUUCCCGUCUGGCGGCUUCAUUCCUGUUUGGCCGACCAGGCUUCGUGGUCACUCUCUCGGAUCCCGUGGAUGCCCGCCAUCUCGUUGGACUUGUAGUAAACUGGGGAGGAAACGGGAGAGCAGAAACAUGAAACACCGCCCCCCCUCCCUUUUAAGAGAGAAAAGACUUUCACAUACAGGAGACUCUGUUGUCAUGGUUACGUGUUCUUCUUGUAUCUAUAACGAUGUACAGAGUUCAUUAAUCAGAUUAAAGUUAUUCAUGUUUUCUGAC